AUGUAUGAAAGCAGUGAGAUACCAUCGUCGCAAAGCGAUCAUGGUACUGCUCAAAAGUGCCGACUUGAGAUGCCCCCUCCACCGGCGCCCCCUCCUUCUUGGUUAUCUCAUAUUCCUGCCCUGACCCCAGACCAAUUCCCUCGAAGUCCAGUACCAUUUCUGUACGAUUCGCCAGCCAGGAACUCGCCAGGAGCUCCGUUGAGCUCGUCGCCGACUUAUAACCUCUACCUAUUGAACAGUCAUCCAGCCUAUGCGCCGCCACCAACCUUUGGAAGUGUACAACAGGUGAGAGCUGGGUCGGUGGCUCGAUCUAACCAGUCAGCACUGCGGUCAGAUUCGCCGACGUCGACCUCGAUCACGACAAGAGGGCCUCCGGUUAGUUCUUAUCCACGUCUUCCCUCCAUCUCUCCUGGGCCGCAGCUCGAUACAUUCUCAGCUACAACCCAGAAUGCACCAGAUGGCGCUAUAUUCCCUCGAAACAGAGCCCAAAUGCUCUUCCAUCUCACACCGUCGACUUCAAUUACUAGUCCGACUGCCAGCAGUAUUUUUCAACCACCGCUGAAUGGUGAUCGUCGGUCGAUUCCACCGGAUCUGAUUGAUCCUGCUUUGUAUAACACCGACCAAUUUCGGGCUGAUCCCAUUCAAGCCGUAGGAAGAUAUCCUGCUGCGCUAAAUCGAGACGACACACUCGGCACUCUACCAUUCGAUUCUAGUGAAGAUGACAGUGUUGAUGACGACGAGACGGAUAUUGAGGAUGUACCCGGUUUGACUUGGCCAGGUCGAGGUGGCAAGCGCGCAGCCGACGAUGCAGCAUCUCAGGAGAAGCGCCGUGGUCGGGCUCCCAAACGUCAGAAGGCGCAGGAAGAGAGAAAGAGGGGCCGUCCGAAAGGCGAAAUUCGAGGGCCAAGAACAACUCUCGACCCUGGUCCGAUAUGGAUGAAGGUUUACAACGAAGCUGUCGAUGCUUUGAACGAGGACAAUGACCUUAAUAAGGCUCAAUUGUUGGUUCUUCAAGCCAUCAACGACAAUCCAGAAAUCUUUGCUGGACACAAGCUACUUGCCGACGUUCACUUUGCUCGAGGUGAACAUGAUAAGGGAUUCGAUGCCUUAAUGGUUGGACUACACGCUCACAUCAACGAGGUUGACCUCUGGCGCCAGACUGCUGAUACGAUUCUGCACUAUCCGGCGGGAAAUUAUCAGAAGAAAAUCGAGCGCGCCAUGUACUGCUACGGAGCCAUUGUACGAAAGGAUCCAAAAGACCUCGACGCUCGUUUCCAGCGAGCUGAAUGCGCUCGACUCAAAGGGAGCUACAAUAGAGCCUUCAAAGACAUGAAGACAUUGCUAGAUGAUGAUCCGCACAACUCGGCUGUUCUGGCUCAAUUUACAAAGUUAUGUCUAGAUAUUAACGACAUCCAGAUGGCAGUGGCCGCGUACGACGAGCAUUUUGACUACUACAAGACCACCGGUUUGUCCGACGAGGACCACUUUACGUGGCAGGAUAUUGGCGUCUAUGUCGAUCUCAUGGUGCGCAGAGGUGAAACAGCACAAGCAAUUGUAGUUUUCAAACGACUUGCAAGGUGGCUUUGUGGUCGACAAGACGAGACGUUCUGGGACGAUUACAUUGAGGACGACCGAGAGUGGGACCAAAUGCACUGGCCUCGUCGGCUUGAAGUAAACAAAUUCGAUCCAACCAAGUAUCCUGACCUGAAUUAUGGCGAAUCCAUGCCUCUUGAUCUAAGAGGAAAGCUAGGUAUUCUUCGGCUCAGGCUGAACUUUCGAGAAGAAGCACAGUCGCAUUUCGAUUGGCUCGAGCCCGAACUGGAAGGUGAAGAGUCACUUGUGGAAGAAUACAGCGACACAUUCUAUGAAGUUGCCAAGGGACUGCACGAUGCAGGGCAGCACGCGCAAGCACUACAUUUCUACACCGCUCUACACAAUGCCGAGAUCGAUCUCGGACUCGAAUUCCUUAAAGACAUGGCUGCCAGUUGCUAUGUAUGUGGUCAGUUAGAGAGGGCGCUUUCACUCUAUGAGUAUGUCUUCGAACUGGAACCAGACAGUAUAGCAAUUCAGACAGAGCUUACCAAAUUGUUUACGGACUUGGGCGACAGACGCAUGGCUUUGAAACAUGGAAACGAAGCUGUUGUCAGAGCUCAUGCCAGGGUUCCAGAAUCAGAUACACGCAAGUAUGAACGAAAGGAAAGUAGACUUCUACGAGAAGGUGCAGAACGAGCUCUAAAGAACGCGUACAAAUUACCCAAAAAGCCUGGUAGCAAGAAGCCCGGCAAGGUACCGAAAGGUCUUCAAUACCGCAACAGGUAUAGAAGGAAGUUCGAAAGAUGGGUGCCCGAGUGGGAUACACCAGCUCCUGCUACACCUCAACCCGUAACACCAUUUGAGAUUGUCAAUAGGGUAUCUGCUGCUCCAUCCAUCGAACCUGAGCGCGAAGAAACACCACCGAUGUAUUCAAGACCGAUCAAGAUACCCAGGAGACCAGGCCGACCAAAGGGAUCCAGACCGCUUGCUCGCAAACCACCAAACCAGAUGAACGCUACCAGACACUACGAAGAAAUGCAACAGCUCUACAAAACUCUGAUUGAACAUCAGCCAGGCAUGCGAGAAGGCGACGAGUACUCUAUCAAUAUCUGGAUGGAUUGUGCCGCUGCCAUGCUCGAGGACUUUCGCAAUGUCAAGAUAUUCUAUCCAGGUGAAAGGCACAAGAAAUUCGAAGGUUACACUACUCAAAUACCUCAACCGCGUCCACCAACACCUCAACCGCCUCGCAAUGCAGAGUCGCCUGCAGUAGAGGAUGAUGUGAACCCUGAACAAAUGUCACCGAGGCACCGCUCCUCCACGCCUAUGCGCAGCGAUGUGCCUCCUGACAUGUCUGCCCGCACUUUGGCUCCUAAAGGUAUGCCAGACGAGUAUUGCGGUAUUCGUUUCGCCACUUGGCUUGACAUCUUCCUUGAACUCGCUAUACUUCAUGCCAACUCGGCUUCCUUGGACGCGCAGCACGAGUGCUACACUCUAAUCAACGCUUGCAUAGACUGCUCCUUAUUCUACCACGAUGAGCCAACCAUGGUACAAAUACACAGUUGCUUUCUUGCCUGCUGUCUGGCACUUGGUGACGAUCUCACUCUCUACAACAUCGUCCUUCGGUGGUUCAUGCGCGAAUAUGCAUUCUGCACGGAUACCUACCGACUGUACAGCAGUAUGGCUCUUCUUAGCGAGCUACCAGCGCAAAAGGAUCGUCUCACAGACGCAGUGUUCAAGUCCGCUCCAAACCACAAGUUCGUUUUUCGUCAGAUCAUGAGUAUAGACAAACUACUUCCUGAAGACUACAACAGGGACGGCGCCCAGGGUGGAGUACCAGCCUUCAUGCGCAAACACAGAGAAGAGCUGCGGAAACUGUCAAAGACAACCGACGCCAGUGGUAUUUUCAACCCAAACAGCUUGAACGGUACAAGUCGAACCUCUGGUUCUCCAGCGUGUGCUCUCGGUAGUAACAGUGGUGGCACAAAGCUCCAUACACCUACCGAAAUGGACGUUGUUUUGUUCGUCCUCUACGCACAAAUGAUGAUGGCAUCAAACAGUUUCCCCAACGCUCUAUCAUACCUCUACCGCGCCUAUAGUCUCGACCCAACCAAUGCAGCUUGUCUACUGACCAUGUCGUUGUGUUAUAUACACGAGCUGUUCAAGCGACAGACUGGGAAUAGACACUCAUACGCCUUGAUGGGGUGGGCUUGGUUCGGCCAAUAUGAAGAGCACAGACUGAAAUGGGCAGAGAAAGUUGACAGAGAGAACGAGGUUGCUUGUCUUGAGGCCGAAAACGUCAACGACGAUAACGAAGACAAUCCGAAACCAAAGAGUGUGAAAAUGGUGGACGUAGUCAAACGCGAGAUCGAGUUCAACAAGGCUCGCUGUUGGGAACUACUAGGCAUGGCAGAUCUGGGAAUGAGAUCUUAUCAGAAAGUCCUUGACAUGGCGCCACAGAAACAGCAAGUAAGUAAGGACAUGGGCAAUACGAAUGUCGACGAGGCCGAGGAGCGAGAACAAGAAGAGGAUGAGGAGGAGGUGGAGGAGCACUGGACCAUGGAGGCUGCGUAUGCUAUGGCUACUAUGUAUGCUCUGAACGGGAAUGGCCAGAAAGCCAUGGAGAUAACAGAGAAGCACCUCGUGGUUGAAUAA